AUAACCAACAGCAAAUUCAAACUUGCCGCUGGUUGACUUAAUUGUCAUGUGGCGUCCUCUAGUGCUAAUUUACAGAAGCCGGGCAGCCGCAGCGCGCAUGUUUGACAUCAAGAUGGCGGACGAAGAGGAAGGCAAAGGAUAUCGGUGGGAGACCGAAUAUGAGAGAACUUGGGAAGCCAUUCAGGAGGAUGAGUCGGGCCUCCUGCAGCCCAGCGUGCUGGACUUUGUCCACAGGGCCAAGCGCAAACAGAUGCUGGCGAAGAAAAAUGUUCGACUCGGGAUGAUGAGACACUUGUACGUUGUUGUAGACUUCUCUGAAUCCAUGUCUGAACCGGACCUAAAGCCUACACGCCUCAUCUGCACUCUGAAGAUGCUAGAGCUGUUUGUGGAGGAGUUCUUCGACCAAAAUCCCAUUAGCAAUGUUGGUGUCAUUUCAACAUGUAACAAGAGGGCACAGAAGCUGUGUGAAUUGGCAGGAAAUGCUGGGAAGGUGGUAGAAGUGCUACAGUCUUGCAAGAAACAGGUUCCUUCGGGAGAACCCUCUCUGCAGAAUUCUCUUGAGCUUGCAGCUGAAGUCCUACGGCACUUGCCCGUGCACACCAGUCGGGAAGUGUUGGUUAUCCUGGGAAGCUUGACCACAUGCGAUCCUGGCAACAUUCAUGCAACUAUUGAGACCAUGCGCAGGUGCAACAUUCGUUGCAGUGUUGUUGGCUUGGCGGCUGAAGUUCAUGUGUGCUGCAAACUUACCAAAACGACUGGAGGCACAUACAAUGUUAUCUUGGACGAGAACCAUUUCAAGGACAUUCUCUUCCAGCAUGCCAUUCCUCCACCAGUCACGGGCAAUGCAGAAUCGUCGCUGAUCAGAAUGGGAUUUCCUUACCACCGGACGGAGACUGAAGGCAAACCAUCUCUCUGUUUCUGCCACCUGGACAGUGAAAACCCUUCGGAUGGACUGAGCAAAGGCGGCUACUUCUGUCCGCAGUGUAAUGGAAAAUACUGCUGUCUACCUGUGGAAUGCAAAGUCUGUAGCUUGACCUUGGUGUCGGCGCCACACCUUGCACGUUCCUACCACCAUCUUUUUGCCCUGGAGGCCUUUGAAGAGGUACCCCGGGACUCGUUACCGGCAGACACACCUGUAAUCUGCUUCUCCUGUCAAUUGUCCAUAUCAGACAAACAUGUAUACCGUUGUGUGAAGUGCAAGGAAGACUUCUGCCUAGAGUGUGACCUUUUCAUUCACGACUCGCUGCACACUUGCCCUGGGUGCGCAAGCAGGUUGCCACCACCCGAGGCACCCUCCUGACAUUGAACAAGGGUUCCCAAAGGAGCAGUGUGAGUGUGGCAAGUUUGUCGACGGGAGCGCCUCACCUGCCAGGCCCUGGCCAGGGCGCCACCGCUGAGCGCGUCGAUGGCGCUGCUCUGCAGACGAGCCACGCAAGCGAUGGCGGCCCCCUGGUGCAGCAGCGACAACCAGCCGGCCGCAAAGGCCGCCGCUUCUCCCGCCCACCGGUAGAGACAGGCGUACAACGAGUCCGGGCAGGGACGCUGCCACGUGACCAGCUCGAUCAGGCACAGACCUGGUCGUGGGGAAGAAAG